AUUGAGCUGCUCGUGAACCAUAGGUUCGGCGGACAGGUGUUCGCAUGUUGCAAAUCUUGCCCGGGUAGACUCCAUCUGCACUCUCUGGACUGCAUCACGCACCUGCUGACUCUCGCCUUGCUGUCUUGUUGGCGAAUCAACCUGCUCACUUUCCAUUUCGACGUGCAAGUCCGACAUCCUCAUUAGAGCUUUACUCAUCAAGCAGCAUGGUCGCGGCUAUCCGAUUCACCGCUGCUCUCCUCGGUUUCACGGCGGCAUUCGUCUCCGCCGCGGACGAGUACUUUGAGGGCGACGGUACCAGCUACACACUUGGCCAAGUCAGCAGCGGCAAUUGCAACUUCAUGUCGGCCAUUCCGAGCGCCUCCACCAACUACGUCGCGUUGAACCAGGCGCAAUGGGACAACCUCGCUGGUUGCGGACGCUGCAUUGAAGUGUCCUGCAUUGACGAGCAAUGCACCGCGAAGAACAAAACGGCGGUCGUGCAGGUGCUCGACCGCUGCCCGGAGUGCGCGCACGGUGCGCUCGACCUGUCGCCGACCGUAUACAAAGAGAUCACGGGCCUCGACCCCAACCGUCUGACGGUUCGUUGGCGGUUUGUGGACUGCCCGGACCCGGGCACCGUGCAGGUGUGCCUGAAGGAGGGCAGCAACGCAAACUGGAUCGCUGUGCAGCCGACGAACGGCCUAGUCGGUGUGGAGAGCGUCACUGUAAACGGCGCGUCCACGAAAAUGCUGGACGGCGCGUACUAUUACGUCGCGACCACGUCGAACGCCGAUCUCUCCGCCAUAAAGGUGGCCAUCACGUCGGUCAACGGCGACGAGAUCUCCGGCACUUACUCGCUCACGGCAGGCAAGUGCACGGAUACCAAGAAACAGUUUGGUGGUGGUUCCUCUUCCCAGUCUCAGUCCUACCCCACAACCUCGGCCCCGACACCGACGACGGCUACUCCUACUGCUACGAUUGCCACGCCUUCGGCCACUUCUCCGACGCAGACGUACAGUAGCGACGCAUCCGAGGAGGCUUCACAAACCGGGCAGAGUUCGUACGAGCAGGGAUCACAGACCGACCAAAGCUCGCAGACUGGCAGCACAGGUCAAUACGAUCAGAGCUCUCAAUCUGACGUGACUCAGGCUUCAUCGUCUGCUUCGACGACCCCAGAAGCCACACCGGCCACCCCUGAAGCCACGCCCGCUACUCCUGACGCCACACCAGCUACUCCCGAGGCUACGACUGCCACUCCUGAGGCUACAACUGCUGCUCCUACGACUGCUGCUCCUGAGGUCACCACUGCACCUACCGACGCGCCUACUCAGUCCGGCGAUACUUCCAAGUGCCGCGUAAGAAGUCGUCACCGCAACUAGGCACCUUUAGUAUUCGUCUGUCCGCCCGUAGUAUCCGUUCUUGUCGAGCGUUGCGUUUUCGCUGGAACACGCAUCGUGCAUUCGUAGCUAAGAUAAUAGAUUCCUGGACCAACAUCAAAUGGUCAUCUUUUCAUCUCGUUGCAACGGUCCACGGUUUAAUUGGAUUCUCGUCGAGGUCGUUCCCAC